AGGAGUUUCGAAUGGGUUGCGGAUUCCACAGUAUCGUCUCGGAAAUGAAGUUUCAUCUGCUGCUGAUCGGUGUCGCCAUAUCUUUGGGACCGCUGCCCGGUUCGGAGGCAGGGGUGACGGAGGAGCAGAUGUGGUCCGCCGGCAACCUGAUGCGCGACGUCUGCCUGCCCAAGUAUCCCAAGGUCAGCAAGGAGAUCGCCGACAACAUCCGCAACGGGAAUAUACCCAAUAGCAAGGACAGCAACUGCUACAUCAAUUGCAUCCUCGAAAUGAUGCAGUCGAUCAAGAAGGGCAAGUUCCAGCUGGAGCCGACCCUCAAGCAGGUGGACAUCAUGCUGCCGGACAGCUACAAGGACGAGUACCGCAAGGGGAUCCACCUGUGUAGAGACUCCACGGUGGGCCUCAAAAACGCACCCAACUGCGAUCCCGCCCACGCCUUGCUCUCCUGCCUGAAGAACAACAUCAAGGUGUUCGUGUUUCCCUAGGAAUCCGCAUCCGCGACAGAUAAAUCAGAUCAAAAUAUCCAUUGAGCACAGAACCCCUACCCCUACCCUCGACCAGAUCAAUAAAGGUUUCGCCGGAGGGCUACGUAAA